ACCGCGGUUUCCAUAGAGACCAUUGAAGCACCAUAAACAUAUCAGCAGAGUCGUGGUGCUGCGUGUCGUCUCGGUUGGUUUUGAAAAGAACCCUCUUUAUGUAUAUUUUAAACCCGAACUGCGUCAUGGCAUCCAUUUAAGCCCCCCAGUCGUCACCCCGGCGGGGGUUCGCGGAGAACAGAGAGCCCGCUGCUAGGCGCCAUGGUGCGACUCACCGUGGACCUGAUCGCUAAGUCCAGCAGCCACAUCCGCAAGAAGGGAGACCGCUCCCUCCCGGACUACCUCCGCCGACUCACGCACCUCAACUUCUCCAACAGGAGCAUCGUGGACAUCCUGUCCCAGGAGGAUCUGUCCGUGUGCAGGAACCUGACGGUGCUGUACCUGUACGACAACCAGAUCUCGCGCAUCAGCAACCUGGGCUUCGCCUGCCGGCUCACCCACCUCUACCUGCAGAACAACUGCAUCGGCCACAUGGAGGACCUCUGCCAACUGGAGUGCCUCGCCAAGCUGUAUCUGGGGGGUAACUGCAUCGCGGUGGUGGAGGGUCUGGAGCGUCUAACGAAGCUGAAAGAGCUCCAUGUGGAGAACCAGAGGCUGGCCCCCGGAGAGAAGCUGCUGCUGGACCCCCGGACCCUGCUCUGCCUGGCAGAUUCGCUCUGUGUCCUGAACAUCAGCCAGAACGCCGUGGACGAUGUCUGGGACCUGGGCGUUCUGAGGGGGCUCACCCACCUCUCCGCCACGGACAACCUGCUGCAGCGUGUACAGGACCUAGAGGAGGUCUUCAGCCAGUGGCCUCAGCUCCAGCGUCUGGAUCUGAUCGGGAAUCCCGUGUGCCAGAAACCAAAGUACCGGGAUCGCCUGAUCACGGCGUGCCCCAGACUGGAAGUUCUGGACGGGAAGGAGAUCAACGACCUCUCCCGCCAGUUCCUGGUCAACUGGAAGGCCUCGAAGGAGGCCUCGAAGGAGGCCGGGAAGAGAGCGAGGGACGAGCGAGCUCUGGCUGCCCAGGCCCCCCACCACCCCUUCCUGACUCACCUGGACACGGCUCUGAGUCGCGGCGCAGUGCUGAGCUGCAGCCUGGCUAACAGCCUCCCCAGAAGAGAGCCACUGAAGGGCCCCGGGCCCCACGGCCUCCCACGGCCCCUAGACCCCUCACACAGCUCAGCGACCAGGGAUCACAGUCUAGCUCUUGCUCUAAGGGCCUCCUCAUCCCCGGGUCUGUGUCACGGCGCUCUGGGUGAUUCUAACGCUCUAUAAAACAUCUCAGCACAAAGCUUCAUGAUGGAAUACAACGCUGCCACGCUGAUUGGAUUACAUGUUUGGUACAUAUUAUGUUUGUGGCUGUCACCGUCUGCUUGGCAGAAAGUAUAUAUUUAUUUUUUUGGGAAAAUUUAUAACAUUUGAAGUAUUUUUGUUUUAUUCUGCUGUGAAAGUUUGCUGUAUUAAAACACGAAAAAUUGA